AUGAACUACUCAUGUUAUGAAAUAAAAAGUGAUUCUAACCUUGUAAUUGUUCAAAAUGGAGCGGUUUCAUCUGAACAAAUCAAAUGUUCCGAGAUUGGAGUCAGCAUGUUGAAGAAAGGAGGCUCAGCUGUUGAUGCAGCAAUUGCAGCAGAGUUAUGUAUUGGCGUAAUAAAUUCUCAUUCUGCUGGUGUAGGGGGUGGAGGGUUUAUACUGAUCCGAGAUUCUAAUGGAACUUCACAAGCCAUUGAUUUCCGAGAAACAGCUCCAGGUGCAUCCACCAAACUUAUGUACAAGAAUAAUCCUCUUUUAUCCCGAGUUGGUGGACUCAGUGUGGGAGUUCCUGGUGAGAUUCGUGGAUUGGAAUUAGCACAUAAAAACUUUGGAAAGUUAAAAUGGGAAACCCUUUUUGAACCUUCAAUCGUACUUAGUAAACGUGGAUUCAAAGUUCCACCAGAGUUGGCAAGAAGAUUAAAAGAAUAUAAACAAGAAAUUGAAAGUAAUCCAGACCUAUCGGCCAUAUAUGCACCAUAUGGUACAAUAUUGAAUGAAGGAGAUAUUGUAAAAAAUUAUAAGUUGGCAAGAACAUUAAAAUUAUUAUCAAAAUUUGGAUCUGAAGGCAAAAUUGCUCAAUCUAUUGUAAAAAAAGUUAGAGCAACAAAUGGAAUAAUCACGUCAAAAGAUUUAAAAGAUUAUCAACCAAUUGUAACUAAACCAAUUACAGGAUUUUUUAAUGGUAGAAAGAUCAUAACAACUCCUGCACCUUCAGGUGGACCAAUUUUAUUAGCAAUGUUAAAUAUUUUAGAAAGAUAUAGAUUGUCAACAGAAGAAGAUCAUGGCACAACUCAUAUCUCAGUUGUGGAUAAAAACAAUCAAUCAGUUUCUUUAACUUCAACUGUUAAUAUAAAAUGGGGAUCACAAGUCAUGGAUCCUGAUACUGGUAUAUUACUUAACGAUGAAAUGGAUGAUUUCUCAACUCCAGGUAUCUCAAAUUAUUUUGGUCUGAAGCCUUCACCAUAUAAUUAUAUUGCUCCGAAUAAGAGACCAUUAUCAUCAUGUGUACCUGUUAUUAUUGAAAAGGACGGGGAAUUUGAAAUGGCAAUUGGUGGGAGCGGUGGAACAAGGAUACUAAGUUCUGUAUUACAGGUGAUAUUGAAUUAUUAUGAAUUUGAUAUGAAUAUUUUAGAAGCAAUUGAAAGUCCUAGAAUACACCAUCAAUUAUUGCCAAAUGAAGUAUCAAUGGAGUACGGUUAUCCUAAUUUUUUAAUACCAGAAUUAUUACAAAGGGGACAUGAAAUAAAACUUUUUAAUCUUACCGUUGGAUUAUCAGGAGUACAUGCUGUUGUUAAACAACAAAAUCAAACAAUAUUUGCCGCAGGAGAUUUUAGGAAGUAUGGAAUGGCUUCAGGAUAUUAA